UCAUGUAUUUGUAGUCCCAAAAAGGUUUUCCUAGAAUGUCACUCAUUAAGCAUUAGGGUUACAUUUUAAGUUACCUUCCCAGGCAAGCGAAUCGAAGAGGCUGCUAAGAAAAGGCGAGUUUAUGCGCUAGACAUUAAAGAGCUACUGCAAGGCGUUGGAAUUGAGGAAUUUAGUUUUAUUUUUUAUUUAAAUAUAAUAUGGAGUUAAAGGGAACCCUUCGUCAUUGCCCAAUAUGAAAACCCAUAUUUCCUUCAUCACUCAGACAGCACCAAUUUGGUUCUUGUAUCCGAUCUCCUCACUGAAUCAAACUAUACUUCUUGGAACCGUGCCUUCCUUCUUGGCCUCACUGUCAAGAAUAAAGUUGAUUCGUUGAUGGAACCUUAACAUGCCCCACAGAUGCCCUUCGAAGUUCUUGGAUUAUUUGCAACAGUAUCGUCACUACCUGGAUCCUAAACUCAGUCACAAAGGAAAUUGCAGUCAGUAUUUGCUUCGCAGACUCUACUCGAGAAAUUUGGCUAGACCUCCAACAUAGAUAUCAACGACAAAAUCGACCAUGUAUUUUCCAAUUGCGCUAAGAACUAUCAAAUCUCACUCAAGACCAGCAGUCGGUCACUACAUACUUUGCAAGAGUCAAGACACUAUGGAAUGAAUUAGCCGUAUAUCAUCCUUCUUGUUCCUGUGGAAAGUGCUCAUGUGGAGGAGUAAAGAAUCUUCAAACCCAUUUCCAAACAGAACACGUAAUGUCGUUUCUGAUGGGCCUUAAUGAUUCCUUUUCACAAAUUCGUACACAGCUACUAUUAAUGGAACCAGAACCAACAUUACAGAAAGUCUUUUCUCUUGUAGUUCAAGAAGUUGAGCAACGUACAUCAACCUCUCAAGUAAGUACACCUAACCUUCCCAUAAAUUCUGAAAAAUCAGCCAUGUUAGUGAAAAAUAUUUCACAAAAUCCACCACAAUCCCGCUCAAAUCCAUCAAAGAAGAAAGAUCGUCCUGUUUGUUCCCACUACAAUAUCCCCGAUCACACAGCUGAAAAAUGUUAUUGCCUCCAUGGUUUUCCUCCUGGAUACAAAACCAACCGUAACAGUAAGACUGAACCCACUACUACUACCCCUGCCCACACUGACUCUCUUUCAAACAUGAAUGUUGAGCAAUGCCAGAGUCUUCUCACCAUCUUACAAUCUCACUUAGCCAAAAUUAAGACAGAACCCAUUGCAACCUCUCUACCUUCAUCAUCUUCCGCUGCUUCUUCAUCAUUUCAUGUAGCAGUACAUAAGUUGAGUCAAUAUGUAGCUCAACCUCGACAGACACAUUUGCUUGUUGUUCAAGCACUCUUACGGUACCUAAAAAGUUGUCCGAGCCAAGGUAUACUUCUCAAAAAGUCCUCGUCCUCAACUAAAACCAUUCAGUGAUGCAGAUUGGGCGUCAUGCAUUGACUCCUGAAAAUCUAUCACUGAAUUUUGCAUAUUCAUGGGAGAGGCAUUAAUAUCCUGGAAGGCCAAGAAACAAACCAUUGUAUCGCGCUCUUCAGCAGAAGCAGAAUAUCGUGCUCUUGCCACAACAACUAGUGAACUUACCUGGAUGAAUCAAUUAAUGAAGGACCUUCACAUUAUGUCCCCAUCACUUGCUGCUGCCAUAUAUUGUGACAAUGAUGCAGCCAUCCACAUUGCCUAAUCCUAUUUUCCAUGAACGAACAAAACACAUCGAACUUGAUUGUCACUUUGUUCGUGAAAAGAGCCUCCAACAUCAUAUCAAACUGCUGCCAAUACGUUCCAUUCAACAACUUGCUGACAUCUUCACCAAACCACUUCCGUCCCAUGUUCUUACUCCUUUACUUUCCAAGAUGGUUGUAGUCAAUCUAUUAAGUCCAUCUUGAGGGUCGUAUUAGAGUUAACUAACCCAGUUAGUUUUUAGUCAGCAUCAUUGUUGUUACACAGGUAUAUUUCUGUUAUUAAAACCGUUGUAAUAAUUGGCUAUUUAUAUGCCCUAUUCAUUUCAAAUAAAUCAAGAAAGGGUUUAUUUACCUUCUGCCUUAA